UGCCACACGUUCCAGACUGCAGAUCUGCUCCGCCGCCUCCACGCAUCAAAUCUGCUUCGUUCUUUGCUGAUUGUAGCUGCUCCAGACUCCGACUACAGUGCUCCACGGCGACACUACUCCACGACGAACAGCACUGCCUCACGACUCCACUACGGUCGACGAACAGCACUGGCCAGAUUUUUUUUUUUUUUUUUUUGAAGAAUUCUGUUUAAAAUCUUCGGUUAACCCAACCCAAAAAACUUUGGUUCGGUUUCAACAGUUAAAGGAUUUGAAAAAUUCCGUUAAUUCGGCUAACGGACCGAUUAAUGGAAUGUAGUUGUACACCCCUAUCUAAUUCUUCUUAAUUUUAUUUGAACAAAAUUACCCCCUUUCCCUUUCUAAACCCUACCCUUCUCUUUCUCUCGGCUCUGCCUCUCUCUCCCGCGGCAAUCGGCGAUCAGCAACUCUUUUGUUCGGAAACCGUUAAAACAGGCUCGGUCCUCCGGUCAGCCCACCCCCUAGUGCUUCACGGUGCCUGCUCCAACGAGUCAGCGAGUCAUCUCGCCCAAUCUGGAAUGAGAAUGAACCUUGGCAAACCAAUUUAAGAACAAGGAUUUGGAGUGGAUGUUACAGUCCUAAUUGCAUAUAAAACCACUGAAGGAGGAAUAAGACCGAGGAUGUAUAGCUGGUUUGCUAACUUAUCACAGAUCUGCGUGGACUAGAGAUAAAGAGGAGAAUAUAUGGAUUCUGAUGUGGAUCAUUAUGAUGUACUGGGUUUACCCUCUGGUGAGGAAGGAGCUAAACUUUCAGAGAAAGAGAUAUCUAAAGCAUACCGGUUAAAAGCAUUGGAGUUGCACCCGGACAAGAGACCAGACGAUCGUAAUGCACAUGCCAAUUUCCAGAGGUUGAAGACUUCAUACGAAGUUCUUAAGGAUGAGAAAGCCAGGAAACUAUUUGAUGAUCUACUCCGGGUCAAACGUGACAAGAUUAGACGCCAAUCUCAACAUGAUUCAAAGCGAAGGAAAAUGAUGUCAGAUCUCGAGGAGAGAGAACGUGCUUCUUUUGAACCUGAUCCACGUAAGAAAGCUCAAGAUGAGGAAGAACGCAUUGCUAGAAAACUAAAAGAGGAAAUUGCCAAAAUUCGUGCAAUGCAUGCUAACAAAGCUUCUGCUACUACACCAUCGCCAAUGAAGAAAGAGACAGCAGCAGGGGGGGAUAAGGAGAGCACCGGAGGUGGUAGUAGGAGUAGUCUAGAUAAAGAGAAGGUACUUAAAGUAACAUGGGAGAAGAUCGGUGUAGAUUAUACUGCCCAACAAUUGACGGAACUGUUUGGGCAAUUCGGUGAGGUAGAAGAUGUAGUCAUAAAAAGCUCCAGGAAGAAAGGGUCGGCUCUCGUUGUCAUGACAUCUAAAGAUGCAGUUGCCGCUGCCUGUGGGAAUGUGUUGGGAGAUCUUUCAAAUCCCCUCUUAGUAGUGCCUCUCGUGCCAUCUAACCCCCCAUAUGCAUCCCCUCCCUUUUCUAGCGCGUCCAAAGGUCCCUUUUCUAGCGCGCCCAAAGAUGUAGAAGAACCAAACGGCCCAGCAUUCACUAACCUUGUUGGCGCGGGGUAUAAGUCAUUUGAAGAUGCGGUAUUAGAGAAGAUGAGAAAGGCAGCUCAAAGGCAAAAAUAAGGUAUUCAAUCAUCAACGAAUUUGAUUUAUUGACAGUGGUUAGGAGGGAUUAUUGCCAGAAAUUGUGUUGCUUAUAAUAUAGACAUAUUGAGUGAUCUGUUUUCACUCAACAGCUAUGCCUCAUUGUAUUUUUACCUAGAAUAUCAGCUUGAAUCUUUGCUGUCAACCUUUGUAUACCAACUUCCAUAGUCUGUCAUAGUGACUUUUAUAAUUUUAAAAAGUUGAAUUUGGUACAAAUAGCAUGGGUAGUUUGGAUCAGAGUACAUA